AUGUUUACUUAUCCAAGUACGGACAAAUUAAGUGCUUGAAAAUGUAGAAGGGUGAAAGUGGGGAAACUACUGAGAAAUUAAAACUGAUUUGAAGUUUGAGCAAUAACUUUAAACCAAAAAAAAAAAAAAAGUUAGAAUUUUAAUUGACUAUCUAAAAUUGAUGGAUGGUUUACAUUAAAAUUUUUAAAUAUGAUGCAAAUAAUUCAGAUCACAAAAAAAAAUUAAAGAUUAAUUUAUAAUUGUGAAAAGUAAAGUAUAAUUUUGGUAGUGGAAGUAUGAUUUUGGUCUUGUUAGGAAAGCACAUGAUUUUUAGUAUCAAAAAGUAGCCCCUAAUCUUAUUUUAAUUACAUCUUGUCUUGAUUUUAUCUUAAUCUUCUGAUUAAAAUAUUCAUGAUUUUCUAAACUUAAUACCUACAAUUCUCGUGGAUACGAACCGGCUCAAAAGUAACAAACACAUUGUGUUUAGUCACCAAAACAACCAACAAUUGAUGGACCUCAAAAUGCAGCUUCUUACCUCCCGCUUCACCUUCCUCCUCCUCUUGUCCUCUGUCUGCAUUCUCUAUCUUUUCAUUUCUCUUUUGUUAGUCAACACCUCCAACCCAUAUCACUCUUCUCCUCAACCUCACCACGUCCCCACCACUCUCCACCACCUCUUUUUCGGCAUUGGGGCCAACAAAAACACAUGGGUUUCCCGCAAGGAGUAUGUCAAGUUAUGGUGGAAGCCUCGCCAGAUGCGCGGCUGCGUGUUCGUCGACAGCCUCCAAGAUGACGCUGACACCUCUCCCAAUGACAACGCUUCUCUUCCUCCCCUCUGCGUUUCAGAAGAUACCUCCCGUUUUCGAUAUACGAACAGAGGUGGUCACCCGUCGGCCAUCCGGCUGGCGCGCGUUGUGUUAGAGACUGUUAACAUGAAUCAUUAUGAUGUUAGAUGGUAUGUGUUUGGAGACGACGACACGGUGUUCUUCCCGGAGAAUUUGGCCAAGACUCUUUCGAAAUACGAUCACGAGCUUUGGUACUACGUUGGAGCCAACUCCGAGACUUCCGAGCAGAACAGAGAGUUUGGAUUUGGGAUGGCGUUUGGUGGAGCUGGUUUCGCUUUAAGUUGUCCUCUGGCUAAAGCUCUAGCGAAAGUUUUUGAUUCCUGUCUCCAUCGGUAUCCCCAUCUCUACGGAAGUGCCUCCAGAGUCCACUCCUGUUUGGCCGAGCUUGGCAUCGGUUUGACCCACGAACCCGGCUUCCAUCAGCAGUUUGAUGUGCGGGGCGACGCGUUUGGUCUGUUGGCUGCACAUCCAUUAAAGCCACUGGUUUCUCUACAUCACAUAGAUCACAUAAACCCCAUAUUCCCAAAUAUGACCGCCGUCAAUGCUCUGACUCACUUGUAUGAAGCUGCGAAAGUUGACUCCGAUAGGAUCUUGCAGCAAUCAGUUUGUUAUGAUCGUUGGUUUUCAUGGACGAUAUCAGUGUCGUGGGGCUACGCAGUGCAGGUUUUUGGCUAUCAUUUGUUUCUCCCAGACGCUCUGCCGGCGCAGCAGACUUUCCGGCCGUGGAAAGGCAACGAUGGUUUGGCAUACUCUUUCGACAUAAAACAACCUCACGCCGAUCCUUGCCGGCGACCCACAAUUUUUUUCCUGGACACCUUGUCGUCGUCGGGCAGGAAUGGAGUCCGAAGCAUUUAUAAGAAACAUUAUGAAAAUUGCUCGUACGACAUGGCUUCCCCCAGGAAACUUGAAGAGAUCAGAGUAUUCUCAGACAAACUACGCCUUGGUAUCAAACAGUUGCAGGCUCCAAGAAGGCAUUGCUGCGAUGUGUUACCUUCUUCUACUGGGAAAGUAAUGGAGAUUUCCAUCAGAGAAUGCAAAGAAGAUGAAUUAAUCCACAUGCACGUUUAGUAAUUAGUGUUUGGUUUGGCUUAACAAUUCAAUUAAACAGAUAUCUGACUUCGUCGUCCAAAGCGCAGCACUAGCGAGGCUCUUGAAGAGAUUUAUGGGAAGGGAGAUGUAAAAGAUGAAUUUAAAGAGCUUUUCACAUCUCACUUGCUUCAAGAAGUUCCAAGACCAUCACCAUCCUAAUUUAUUCAAUUUCAAAGUCUAAGCUUAUACAUAUUCUUAUAUUGCAACACUGUAGCAUGUGAAAAAGCUUGAGAAACACUCAAUAGUUCUUUUUUUUUUAUAAAAAAAAAAAAUAUUAAGAUAGUUAAUUAGAGUAUUUUCUAA